CGCACACCGCCAGCCUCCGUAGCCGCGGCAGUGCCUUCCCGCGUGCUCCCGGUGGUGGUGGUGGGUCCUCCCUUCCCGUCCCAGUCGUUUCCUCCCGCUUCCCCUGCCACAGAGGGCUCAGGGCUGGAAGGGAGAGAAAGGGACCCCCAGGGCUAGACAACAGCCCGCCCGAGGCGAAGGCAGGCGCGGCGCCCCGGGGGAGGCGGCGGCGUUCGGCAGAUUCCCCCGGCAGUGGGAGGGCUCCGGAGAGGAGAGGCUAGGGGAGCAUCUCCUAGCCGGGGCUGACUCCCAAGGAGCGAGGGAGGGACAGAGAGAGAGGGAGAAAGUGCCGCCUCUCAGUUUUACAGGCGUCCCCAGAUUUUAAGGACUGGGGUGGGGAAAAAGAAAACUGAGGACCUGAGCUGGGACCUCCCAGCCGGAGCGAUUGAAAAGGAGCCAAGCAGGCGUCGAGGGGGAGCGACAUCCCAAGGAGAGUCCCGUCCUCUGCUACCCGCAGCCGCUGUGUGCCCGCCGCCGCCUCAGGAUGUGGGUGCCGCUGCUGCUGCUGCUGCCGGAGCUGCUCCCCGCCGUGCCGGCGCAGAAGCUCUCCGCCCUCACGUUUUUGAGAGUGGACCAAGACAAAGACAGAGAAUGCAGCCUGGACUGUGCAGGUUCCCCUCAGAAAUCACUCUGUGCAUCUGAUGGAAGAACUUUUCUGUCCCGGUGUGAGUUUCAACGAGCAAAAUGCAAAGACCCUCAGCUGGAAAUAGCCUACCGUGGCAACUGCAAAGAUGUUUCCAGAUGUGUGGCUGAGAGGAAGUAUACCCAAGAACAAGCUCGCAAAGAAUUUCAACAAGUGUUUAUCCCAGAAUGCAAUGAUGACGGCACAUAUAGUCAGGUUCAGUGCCAUAGCUACACUGGAUACUGCUGGUGUGUCACUCCCAAUGGCCGUCCUAUCAGUGGUACUGCUGUGGCCCACAAAACUCCCCGCUGCCCAGGUUCAGUGAGUGAGAAGCUGCCACAACGAGAAGGUGCAGGCAAAACAGUCUCCUUGCAAAUCUUUUCCAUUCUGAAUUCAGAUGAUGCCUCAGCUCCCUCGCUGGAGACUCAGCCUCAAGGUGAUGAAGAAGAUAUAGCUUCUCGUUAUCCUACCUUAUGGACUGAGCAAGUAAAGAGUAGGCAGAACAAAACCAAUAAAAGCUCAGCAUCAUCAUGUGAUCAAGAACUUCAGUCAGCCCUGGAGGAAGCAAAGCAGCCCCAGAAAGACAAUGUGUUCAUACCAGAGUGUGCUCAGGGCGGCCUCUACAAACCAGUGCAGUGCCAUCCUUCCACAGGCUACUGCUGGUGUGUUCUGGUGGAUACAGGACGUCCCAUCCCCGGUACAUCAACCAGGUAUGAACAACCUAAAUGUGAUAAUGGUGCCAGAGCUCACCCUACAAAAACAAAGGAUUUGUACAAAGGGCGCCAGCUUCAAGGUUGUCCUGGGGCUAAGAAGAAUGAGUUCCUAACGAGUGUUUUGGAUGCAUUGUCCACAGAUAUGGUGCACGCAGUCUCUGAUCCAUCACUGUCUUCCAGCCGUGUUUCUGAGCCUGAUCCAAAUCAUACUCUGGAAGAGAGAGUUGUCCAUUGGUAUUUCAAACAGCUAGAUAAAAAUUCCAGUGGUGAUAUCGGCAAGAAGGAAAUCAAACCAUUUAAGAGAUUCCUAAGAAAGAAAUCCAAGCCGAAAAAAUGUGUGAAGAAGUUUGUGGAAUACUGUGAUGUGAACAAUGAUAAAUCCUUGUCAGUUCAAGAAUUAAUGGGCUGCUUGGGAGUAACAAAAGAAGAAGGUAAAGCAGAAACAAAGAAACGCCAUACAGUCCCUAGAACCAACACUGAGAGCACUUCAUCCAGCAGGCAGCAAGUUUCGAAGAAGCAAGGGUGAACAACUUACUAAUCCAAGGCAGAUCUCUUUGACAUGUGGGAGAUUUCCUCACCAAAAGGCAAUAAAAACAACUGUAGUAUUUGCACUUUGUACUUAAAAAUGUAAAUUCACUUUGUAGAAAUGAAAUAUUUAAACAGACUUUUUUUUUAAUCUGUGAAAAAGUAAUGGCUAGUUUUGAAAAAUUAUCACAUACAAUGUAUGUGUAUUCUUUUGUUGUCUAAAAUAUGUAAAACAUGUUGGAGAUGUAAAAGUUUGCAUUUAAACAAUUUUUUAAAAAAUAACAUUUUUGGCAAACAGUAGCACAGAAACCUGAUUCUAUGUAUUUUUGAUUUCAGUAGUAUGCCUUAUUUUUCUUAAUACUGUCAUUUAAGUAGAGUUAUACUGAAAAAUCUACUGUAUUCUCAAUUUUGUCCAAGCAGUGUUGAAUGUUUCAGGUUUGCAGGACUGAGAGAAUUGUGUAAAUUGCUGUUUACUUGGUUUUGCAGUUUUUUACUGAACAGAUAUUUCAUUGGUGGCAAUAUUUUAUUUCAUUUUAUUUUUAUUGUAAUUAUUAAGCUUUCCAAAGAUCAUACAAUGAGAAUACAACCACUAAUGGAUUCAAAAAACAAUUAUUCUACUUGGGAUGCUUAUAGAACAAUGUAUCCUUUUAUCAAUUUUUGAAGUGCCUUUAUUAAUAAGUUUUGGUAGGAUUUUUCUCCUGUCUGCUUUCACUUGGGUUGAUAACACAGCAAACCAAAAUGGAGUUAGGCAGAUUGUAGUGUCACUCCAGUCUGAUUCAGCUGGGACCUUAAAAGCAUGUUUCCAUGGUCAGUGCAAAGCAGGUACAGAGUUUGUAUGGGGCAGAAUAGUAAAUCUUUCUAUUGUGACGGGGAAGGAUAAGCCUUUUUCCUCUACACAUGGCUACCCUUAUAAAUCCUUUGGCUUGCCUGCGGGCCCAGUAGAGGAGGGGCUAUUCACAUUGCCCCCACCUGAAGCUAUUUUUUAACUGACUAAAGAAACUUCUUGAGCGUUUUCAUACUUUCUCCAUCAUUUUCCCCCCAAUGCUUUUUUCAUAUGUGUGUCUGAGGGGAAUAAGAACUUUGGAUGUGAAUCUAAAGCAGGGGACCCAAAUGAAAAAAGGUUCUGCUCUUGAACAGCUGGGAGUUACAAGCAGCUGGGCUGAUCAAUGCAGUGGUAGAAGGACUACUGGCAUCUAGGAGCUGACAUGAGAAGGCAGGAAUGUAGCAGCAAGCAGUGAUUUCAUUGCGGUUUAUUUGAAUAAUGUAGGAUUUGACAUGUGACCAACUAUUCAUAAUAGCACCCUGCUUGAGUUUGUAUCUGGAAAACUUUCUCUGAAUCAAAAGGUGUCCUUUCAAUUCCAACAUAUUCUGAAGUAAUAGGAAACAUUGUAUGCAAUGGAAUUGUAUCCCAGAAAUUGUGUACUCUAAACUCUGCAACAGGAGAAACCAAGGCAAUUGUGUGUUAUCUUGUAUUUUUGUUUUUAAAAGUAUUUGUUAUUCUUUUAUAAUGUUAAACUUGGAAAUUAACCUUCUUUACAGAUUAAAGAUUAGUAUGUUAUCAAA